AGUCGCAACCACCGCUACUCAGACUCGCCAUGGAAGGCGUAGACUUGGAUAACGGACUCACGUUCCCCGUCGACACCGUCUCCGUCGAAGGCGACUUCUGCACCGCGAUCCUCUCCCAAUUCGGCGACUCCAUGCGCGAGGACCACCAGCACCUCUGCGCGGUCAUCGGCGCCAUGUCGCAGGAGCUCAAGGACCAGAACAUGCCUUCCUCUCCCGUCGCCUACUUCGGCGCCACAUGGUCCUCCCUCGACCGCCUCCUCUCGGAGCCCGUGCCGGCCAGCCACAUUGUCGAGGCUCUCCUGACAAUUCUCUGGCUUCUUCUUCCCAGAAUCCCCGUUGCAGUCCUGAGGAAGAAGUGGGAUUCGGUCUCUGGACUCGUCGUUCGUGUUCUCCAAUCGUCGUUGUCGACUGUCGGCGCCGUGACCUCCGGAUUGAAGUGUAUCUCGCAUCUUCUGAUCGUCAGAGAGGCCUCCGAUUGGUCGGAGGUUUCUCAGUUGUACGGGAUUUUGUUAGGGUUCAUCACCGAUGCGCGCCCUAAGGUGAGAAGGCAAUCCCAGCUGUGUCUUCGCAGUGUUUUAGAAAAAUUUCAAAAUACAUCUUUGGUGACAUCUGCAAGCAAAGGGCUUAGAGAAAAAUUUGAAAAGUUCUAUUUGCUUGCUGGGGGGUCAAAUGCCAAUAGCAAUGAAGGACUCAAGGGAGCCCAGGAGUCGCUUAACGUUCUUGACGCUUUGAAAGACUGUCUUCCUCUUAUGUCAACGAGGGACAUAGCUGCUAUGCUCAAGUACUUCAAAACUCUGCUUGAACUGCGCAAACCCCUUGUCACAAGGCGCGUAACAGAUAGUUUGCUUUUUCUCUUCCUUAGGCCAGAUGUCGUGGUUCCAUCUGAAACAUUGCUCGAAAUAUUAUGCUCGCUAGCGCUUUCUGUCUCCACAAGCGAGACAUCAGUGGAUGCCAUGACAUUCACCGUUCGCUUGCUUGAUGUUGGAAUGAUUAGAGUUUAUUCUCUCAAUAGAAACCUUUGUGUAGAUAAACUCCCCCUUGUGUUCAAUGCCCUCAAAGAUAUAUUGGCAUCUGAACAUGAAGAGGCAACACAUUCGGCUGUAAACACAUUGAAGAGUUUGAUACACGCUUGUAUUGAUGAAAGCUUGAUAGAAGAAGGAGUGGAUGAGAUUAAAAAGGUCAACUUAAAUAUGAGUUACAGAAGGUCUGGCCCGACCAUGAUCGAAAAAGUGUGUGCUACAAUGGAUAGCUUAGUUGGUUAUCACUACACUGCUGUUUUGCACCUCUCGUUUCAAGUUAUUGCAUCAAUGUUUGAUAAAUUAGGGGCUGAUUCUUCUUAUCUAAUGAGAGGAACCCUUAAGACCUUGGCAGAUAUGUACAAGUUGCCAGAUGAAGAUUUCCCGUUUAGAAAACAGCUGCAUGAGUGCCUUGGGUCAGCUCUUGGUGCAAUGGGACCUCAAACUUUCUUGGGUCUUCUACCUUUUAAUUUGGAAGCUGAAGACCUAACAGAGGUCAACGUUUGGCUCUUUCCAAUUCUUAAGCAGUAUACCAUUGGUGCCAAUUUAAGCUUCUUUAUGGAGAUUUUGGAUAAGGUUAGACAGAUGAAGAGGAAAUCUGAAGAGCUUGAGCAACAAGGACGGGCUUAUUCUUCUAGGAGUGUGGAUGCACUGAUAUACUCUUUAUGGUCCUUGCUGCCUUCAUUUUGCAACUAUCCCUUGGAUACUGCUGAAAGUUUCAAGGAUUUACUGAAAGAUUUGUGCAGUGCCCUUUGUGGAGAGCCUGAUGUCCGUGGAAUUAUAUGCUCCAGUUUACAGAUUUUAAUUCAACAGAAUAAGAAAAUCUGCGGAAGUGAUAAUCACACUUCUGAUCCGGACGAUUCUGAAGUCGGCAUUGCCAGACAACGAGUGAUGGCUUAUUAUACCCCACAGGUUGCAAAAGAUAACUUGGGUGCAUUGACAGAAUCUGCUCAUGAAUUGUUGACUGUUUUGUCAAAUGUUUUCCUUAAAUCUGGUAAAGAUGAUGGAGGUUCUUUGCAGUCUGCUAUAGCCGAGUUCGCUUCAAUAGCAGAUAAGCAAGUUGUAUCAAGGUCUUUUGCAAGGACAAUGCAUAAGCUUUUGAAUGUCACCCAUAAAGUUGGAGAAACAAAAAAUUCAAGGAAAUUUAAUUCUAUGUCAAUUGAUGAGCCAUCUGAUGAAGGUUCACUUUCAGUUGUAAGGGGACAGCUACUUGACUUGGCUGUUUCACUUUUGCCUGGUUUGGAUACCAAAGAGAUCAGCACUUUAUUCACAGCAAUAAAGCCUUUGUUACAGCAUGAUAAUGGUUUGUUACAAAAGAAGGCUUACAAAGUCUUAUCUCUUAUUUUUAAGACUAGUGAUAAGUUCCUGUCAGAAGAAAAGAACCUCAAUGAAUCACUUCGUCUUAUGAUCGAACAUAUGGAAACAUACCGUUCGUCUGCAAAGCGACACAGGCUUGAUUGUUUGUACUUCCUAAUAAUUCAUGUUUUUAAGGUUAAUGUCGAGCAGCAGAGGCAUGACAUCAUAAAAUGUUUCCUAACAGAAAUAAUACUCGCACUUAAAGAGGUUAAUAAGAAAACAAGAAACAGAGCUUAUGAAAUUCUUGUCGAAAUGGGUCACGCUUGUGGAGAUGAAGAGAAAGGAGGAAAAAAGGAAAACUUGUAUCAAUUUUUUAACAUGGUAGCUGGCGGGCUGGCUGGCGAUACUCCAAUGAUCAGUGCUGCAGUGAAAGGCUUGGCUCGCUUGGUUUAUGAGUUCUCUGAUCUUGUUUCAACUGCUUGCAAUUUGCUUCCAUCCACAUUUCUACUACUUCGAAGAGGGGACAAAGAAAUAUUCAAAGCUAAUUUAGGUUUCCUGAAGGUAUUAGUGGCAAAAUCGAAAGAUGAGGGUGGUCUGCAAUUACAUUUGAGGAGCAUGGUCGAAGGCUUGCUGAUGCGGAAAGAUAAUGUCAAGACACACUUCAAAGCUAAGAUUAAGCUUCUACUGGAAAUGCUCGUCAAAAAAUUUGGACUGGAUGCUGUUAAGGCUGUGAUGCCCGAAGAGCACGUGAAACUUCUUACCAACAUACGGAAGAUCAAGGAACGAAAAGAGAGGAAACUGGUUGCUCCGUCUGAGGAAGCUAAAUCUCAAGUUUCAAGAGCAACUACAUCCAGGCUAAGCAGAUGGAACCAUACCAAGAUAUUUUCUGAUUCUGGUGAUGAAGAAAUAGCGAACAGUGAUGAAGACUACAUGGAUGCCCGGACAGUUUCUGGUAGGCGGGGCAAGGCUUCCUCACAGUUCAAAUCAAAAGCAUCUUCAUUGCGGUCCAGGACUAGAGUGGCUAAGAAGCUGCCUGAGCACUUGAUUGACCAAUUAGAAGACGACGAGCCACUUGACCUGCUUGACCGACAAAGAACAAGGUCAGCACUCCGUUCAGUGAACUUAAAACGUAAAAAUGCAUCAGACUAUGAACCAGAAUUCGACUCCGAGGGGCGCCUAAUAAUUACCGAAGAAGGAAAGAUGAAGAUGGAAAAACAGCUCCACUCCAAGUCAGAUACAAUAAGUGAAGCGGGUAGUCAUCUGUCCACAAAGUCGAAGAAAGCUCAGAAGCGGCAGAAAACAUCAGACUCUGGGUGGGCUUACACAGGUAGCGAGUAUGUUAACAAGAAGGCAGGUGGAGAUGUGAAGAAGAAGGACAAGCUUGAACCAUACGCAUAUUGGCCGCUCGAUCGCAAGAUGAUGAGUCGUAGACCAGAGCAUCGGGCGGCUGCAAAGAGGGGUAUGGCCAGUGUGGUAAAGAUGACAAAGAAGCUUGAAGGCAAGAGUGCUUCAAGUUUGCUCUCCGCUGGGGGCUUGAAGUUUAAAAGGAGCCAUAAAAAAUCCAACAAGAAGAAAAGCAAAUAGAGAACCAUGUUAUAUUGGAUUAGAGUGUCUUCUCAAAUAGUUGGGAGUCGUUUUGUUUGUAAACUUAUUCCCUUUUAAUUCUUUGAUUGUUACUAGAGUACGCUUCUGGUAUUCCAAAAUUUUUAGUGUUUUGCAUCAAAUGGGUGUAUAUAUAUUCGGUUUUUGGGUGUAGCAUAGCGUGUAUAAUGUCGGAGGAACAUGCUAUGAAUUUUGCGGUUUUUAUUGAAUAUUUAUCUUUUGUAAUCAAGUAAACAACAGCUAUUGAGAAGA